ACUAUCUUUUCCCUGUUUGGGUAGAAAGUCUUUCAGUCUGUUCAGUCUUGGCUUUUUUUCUGUUGCCUUGCUGCAGUUGAGAGAGUCCUCGUUCUUUGUAUUAAUUUCGUGCUAGUGCGCUUUUCUUUCCUGUAUCGCUUCACAACUGUGUCCCCUUGUUCAUCAUGGCUGAAAUAAAGGCUCCUGAUCCAAAAGACGAUGUCGCCACGGCCAUUCUCAAUCGCAAAGCAAAGCCUAAUAGGCUGUUUGUGGAUGAUGCCAUCAAUGACGAUAACUCAGUCGUCACUCUUUCUCAGGAAAAGAUGGAUGAACUUCAGCUUUUCAGAGGUGAUACUGUUCUCAUCAAAGGAAAGAAGCGCCGCGAUACGGUCUGCAUUGUUCUGUCUGAUGAGCAGGCAACAUCAUCAGAGCGCAUCCGUAUGAACCGUGUUGUGAGACAAAACUUACGAGUUCGCACCGGCGACGUUGUCAGUGUGCAGCCAUGUCCUGAUGUCAAGUAUGGGAAGAGGAUUCAUGUUCUGCCUAUUGAUGACACAGUGGAAGGUUUGAGCCGGGACAGUAACCUGUUUGAGGUGUACCUCAAGCCGUAUUUCAUGGAGGCAUAUCGUCCUAUUCGAAAAGGUGAUGUGUUCCUGUGCCGUGCCGGUAUGCGCCCAGUUGAGUUCAAGGUCAUUGAGACAGACCCAGCUCCGUUUUGCAUUGUUGCCCCGGAUACAGUCAUUCACUGCGAUGGUGACCCGAUUAAGCGCGAAGAGGAAGAAGACAGCCUCAACGAAGUUGGUUACGAUGACAUUGGAGGCUGCCGCAAGCAGUUGGCUCAGAUCAAGGAGAUGGUUGAGCUCCCUCUGAGACAUCCCGCCCUUUUCAAAACGAUUGGUGUCAAGCCACCCCGUGGAAUUCUUCUGUUUGGCCCACCGGGUACCGGUAAAACUCUUAUUGCCAGGGCCGUGGCCAACGAGACCGGCGCUUUCUUCUUCCUCAUUAACGGUCCCGAGAUCAUGAGCAAAAUGGCCGGUGAAUCCGAGAGCAAUUUGCGAAAAGCGUUUGAGGAAGCAGAAAAGAAUUCUCCUGCCAUUAUCUUCAUUGAUGAAUUGGACGCCAUUGCUCCAAAGCGUGAGAAGACACACGGUGAAGUAGAACGACGCAUUGUAUCGCAGCUGCUUACGCUCAUGGAUGGCUUGAAGCAGCGCUCUCACGUCAUAGUCAUGGCUGCCACCAACAGGCCUAACUCCAUUGACGGUGCUCUCCGACGUUUCGGUCGCUUUGAUCGUGAAGUCGACAUUGGUAUUCCGGAUGCCACUGGACGCCUGGAGAUUCUUCGCAUCCAUACCAAGAACAUGAAGCUGGACGAGGAAGUCGAUUUGGAACAGAUCGCAUCUGAAACGCAUGGUCAUGUCGGUGCCGACAUGGCAGCUUUGUGCUCUGAGGCUGCGCUCCAACAGAUUCGUGAGAAGAUGGAUCUGAUUGAUUUGGAAGAUGACACCAUUGAUGCUGAAGUGCUCAAUUCUCUUGCUGUCUCCAUGGACAACUUCCGAUUUGCAAUGAGCAAGAGCAGUCCUGCGGCCCUCCGUGAGACAGUCGUAGAAGUACCCAACGUCUCCUGGAACGAUAUUGGUGGUCUGGAGUCUGUCAAGCUGGAACUUCAAGAGCUCGUCCAGUAUCCAGUCGAGCAUCCAGACAAAUUCCUCAAGUUUGGCAUGACCCCCUCAAAGGGCGUCUUGUUCUAUGGUCCACCUGGCUGUGGUAAGACACUGCUGGCAAAGGCUAUUGCCAACGAGUGCCAGGCUAACUUCAUCUCCAUCAAGGGACCCGAGCUCUUGACCAUGUGGUUUGGAGAAUCAGAAGCCAAUGUCCGUGAUGUCUUUGACAAGGCCCGUGCAGCUGCACCAUGUGUACUGUUCUUUGAUGAACUGGAUUCCAUUGCAAAGUCUCGUGGAGGUAGUGCCGGUGAUGGAGGUGGUGCCGCUGACCGAGUCAUCAACCAAGUGUUGACAGAGAUGGACGGUAUGAAUAGUAAGAAGAAUGUCUUCAUCAUUGGCGCCACCAAUCGACCGGACAUUAUUGACUCGGCUAUUCUUCGCCCGGGACGUCUUGAUCAGCUGAUCUACAUUCCUCUUCCGGACGAGCCUUCGCGUAUUGGAAUUCUGAAGGCCAAUCUUCGCAAGUCACCUGUAUCAGGGGAUGUUGACCUAACUUACCUCGCCAAAGUAACACAAGGCUUCUCUGGUGCUGAUUUGACAGAAAUCUGCCAGCGGGCAUGUAAGCUAGCCAUUCGUGAAUCCAUCCAGAAGGAUAUCAAGAGAGAACGACUGCUGCAAGAAAACCCAGAUGACAUGGAUGUCGAGGAGGACCCUGUUCCUGAGUUGCGACGGGAUCAUUUCGAGGAGGCCAUGCGCUUCGCUCGCCGCUCUGUCAGCGAUGCUGACAUCCGCCGCUAUGAAAUGUUCGCACAGACUCUUCAGCAGAGUCGUGGAUUCGGUGGUAACUUCAGAUUCCCUGCUGGAAUGGCACCCUCCUCAGGAGGCGCCGCUCCUGCAGCUGGUCCACCUGGCGGUGCCGCUCCUACCGGUUCUGCAGCACCUCCAGCUGCUGCUGCUCCUGCAGCUGGUGACAGUCUUUAUGAGGAUGGGGAGGACGACCUGUACAACUAACUCAGCCGCUCCUCGUUUGCCUGGCAAGUCAUACCUUGCUCUCUCGCUGAGUGGGAUAGUGUCCGUCGGUGUUGCCCUAUCAAUUGAGCUAGCAGCAAGCAACACUGCAUGCGCACGCACAAUGAUAUAACAUACUAACUCUAGCUCGCCUGGAUGUGCUGCAUGUAUUUUAUAAAAGAUUCCGUUCUCCAUGCUCAACAUUUUCUUACUCGCACUGAACCGCUGCGUGCAAACUGAAUGGAAACUGUUAGUAAGAUUGCACUCUUUUAAUUUUUGAUGCAAUCUUGUGUUGCCCUUUCUCUUGUACAAUACUCGACUCAUCCUUCUUUUCACCCUCACUUUUGUGUUGGCCCGGACUUUACAGUUCAUUCCUUUCUCAUCCUUUCCCCGCUUUCCCUUCUGAUUUUAGGUUGCGUGCCCCAAUGAUUCCAUUUUAUUCCCGGCUGAAAUGGGUGCCUGGUGCAGAUGCUUGCUGCUAUCAUGCAUGCAUGCCUGGCACCUCCUCUCUGUGUGGUCUGAUGCAGAUGUUUGCUGCUAUCAUGCAUGCAUGCCUGGCACCUCCUCUCUGUGUGGUCUCGCGAGUUCAUUCUGUUUAUUUUUGUAUGUACAGCUGCAAUGAAUCAUCUAUCACCCCAUGUUGGUAUUCAUCUUGCAUAUUCCGGCAAUUACGUGUGUAUCAACUGUAGUAGGACCAUCUGCUCUGGCUGUUGGCUAGUCUAGUGUAUAAUAGAUGAUGAGGAUCUUUAUGUAGUUUAUCUA